UUUCACCUUGAGAUUUUGGGAUUUUUGCAGUUUAUAUCAAAAGAGAGGCUGCAGGAGCGGGCCCUUCUCAUUUUAUACCUGCUGCAGGUGUACUGUUUGCCAUAUACCAGCAGUGUGGUCUCUCUUAUCAGAUAUAAAUACAUAUAUAUAUAAUAUAAAGCAUGUGUGCUUGGCUAGUUCUUAAAGGCAAGAAGCACUAGAUGAUAGAGGGUAUGAGAGUACUUUCCAGGGUGAAGAUUGUGAUAUGUAAGUACACUCUCAUUAGUGGUUGGGGGCAGAAGGUACUCCAGACAAAUGGGACAAUUGAUUUUCAAGCCCAUUAUUAAACAUCAUUGGAUUGUCAGAAAUUGUGAAAUGGAGGAUUUAGUCAAAUUCUACAAAUAUCUCAAUUCUAGUUGCAUGGAUAAGUUGUUAAUUCAUUUGGUUAGAAAGUUUUAAAACACGUCUAAAUUAGUUUCCUGAAUAGCAUAAAACUUUUGCUUGUGUUCUGUUUUGUUUCCCAAAUGCUUCUUUUCUCCGCUCAAGCCUGGGAGUAUUUUCUUAUUCUAGAUUUAAUUUUCUGAUUUCUGUGUUGAUUUUCUGGUUUCUCUUUUGGAAUUGAAGUGCCUCAGACUACUGAAUGUAAUACUAGUAGCGUUAAGAGACUGAUGUUUGUCACAUUGAAUAUAAAUCUUAAGACAACAAGGUUGUAAGAAUCCUGAAUAAUUUUACAUGUUUUUUUACCUUUCCUUCUUAACAGCAGAACACCAUUCUCCCUGUUUCUUUCUCUCUCUAAAUUGUUACAGAGAAAUGCAUUCUGAAUGAUAACUACUGCUUUCUGAACUGAACCGCAAAGAUCUCGUGCUUCAGAGUUGAAGAUGAUAAACCCGAGGAAAUAAUCCAGCUGCUCCCAUUGUGGCAACUGAAAAUAUCCUUAGUGCCAAAAUGAACAGUCUUUGAGAAAAAUUUGGAAAGCUGUUAAAUCUGAAAAAUGGGAGAAAGAGUAAGGAGCCCAGAUUCUGAACAUGAGAGGAAAUCAGAUGAGGAUAAAUAUAGUGACUCCUAUUAUUCAGAUGAAGGUAACGCAUCUCAUUCAUCCAGCCAGUCACCAGCGCUAAGCUCUCCAUCUACAAGCCAAGAAAAGAGACAUCACAAAACACAGACUUCAAACAGCCUUUUGCACUACCAAGCCACAAAGAAAUUGGAUUCCAAAUAUGCACCAAGCAAAAGAGGGACACGGUGGGGUUUCCGUUCUCAGAGCCUUACUAGGGAUUCUCCUGCAAAAGAUAUAGAUCUUGUUACAAAAAGAGUUCUUUCUGCGAGGCUGCUGAAAAUCAAUGAGCUCCGAAAUGAACUGACUGAACUCCACAUCAAACUAGAUGAGCUGCAGAAGGAAAACAGAGCACUGAAGAGGCUUCAGCACAGGCAGGAGAAAGCCCUGAAUAAGUUUGAGGAUACGGAAAACGAAAUCUCUCAGCUCCUUGCUCGGCACAACAAUGAGAUUAGAAUAUUAAGGGAGCGCCUACGAAAAUCUCAGGAGAGAGAACGUGCAACUGAGAGACGGUUGAAAGAUUCGGAAGAUGAACUGUACAGAACAAAAAUUGUCUUGCAGAAACUGAAAAAGCUGUCUGCAGAUAAGCACCUUGCCGAAAGAGAUGACCUGGCAAAGAAACUCGCCAGUGCAGAGAGCAGGCUAGAGGACAGGGAAAAAAGAGUUAAGGAUCUGGAAAGAAAUCUUGAGUUAAGUGGUAGCAGUUUUCAACGAGAGUUACAAUCAAAGAAAAAAAAGCUGUACGAGGCUCAAGAAGAAAACAGAGUUCUCCAAGAAGAGCUUCAUCAGUUAAAUCAGAAGCUGAAGGAAAAAGAAAGAGAACUUGAAACAAAAAAUAUAUAUGCUAAUCGUAUGUUGAAGCUAACACCAAGAAAAGACACGGAUAUUGUACAAAGAAAAAGAGCCAACAACCAAAAUAUUAAAAAAGGACCACAACUCACAAAAGGUGUACAAACCAGUGGAUACUUCUCACCAGCAGAACUUCUUCCAGAAUCAGAACUUGUCUGUGGUGACACAGUAAACAAGAAAGAAGGAAUUCUUCCUAAAAUAGAAAAAGAAACUCGAGACAAAGGAUGGAAAGAGCAAACAGACCUCUUAAGACAAGACCAAGACAGAGAAAGGGAAGAGAAACUGAAACAUUUUCAAGAAAUGCCGGCUUUAGAGGAGAGAGUUCCAAAACUUCAUGACGAGUGGGAAAGGAAAGAAUAUGACAAAAUGAAAAAAGAAAGCAACUUUUCAUUGGAUAAAGAAGAGAAAAUAAAGAUGGAGACAGAAAUCCACAAACGUGAAGUAGAGAGUGAAAGCCCUGAAAUGCUGGAAGAGCGGCGAAAAAGAGAGUUCCUGCUUGCUAAAAUGCAAGAAAUUGAUAGAGAAAUUCAAAGUACAGCAAACAUGAAACCAGAUUCCCCAGCACCACUCAUAAAUACAGCAAGAAAAUCUGAUUCCCUGGAGAAAAGGGAAAAAACUAAUCCAUUUUUUGACAUUCCAGGGAAGUUUACUAAUGGAUUUCCUCUAAAGGACAGCCAGGAGGAUGCCACAAGAGCACAAAGGCAGAAGCAACGAAAUGUAAGGACUGUAGAUUUAAGUAGUGAGUUAACAUUUGGUAGUUACAUACCUUCCUUUGGGAAAGGAUCAGGGAGACCAAGUUGGCUUACUCAAAAAAGUGACAAAUUAGAAGAAAAUGUUAAGGAAAAUGCAGAUUUCGAUAGUAAAAAAGAAAAGAAGUCCAAUUUAAUGGAACAACUGUUUGGAAGCAGUGCCAGUACCAUUGUUCUCUCUAAAAAUAACGAUACACCACCUUUUGAUGUAGAUUGGGACUCUAGUAAUACUCCUUUUGUUGAUAAAAACAGUAAACUCAAAGAAGACAGUGAGCUUUUCGGUGAAGGAAGAAACCUAAACAGACACCGUUUGCAAUACACUACAAGCAAGCCAGGAGUUAAGACCCUUGGUUCUUUAGAAGAUGAAAUUGAAGAAGUAGUCUUACAGUGAUCAUAUUUUUAUAUGUUUCAUAUGUAAAUACUGAAGAACUAUUUUCAUGUAAUAUUUAUUAGAUAUAGAUUUGAAAGAUGUCAGAUUUAUUGUAAAGCCUUAUGAAGGAAUAAUUUGCAUAUAUGGGUUUAUGUACAGGGGAGAGGUUCAGUGCUUGGUUUGUUGUUUUUUGGGUUUUUUUUUACCUAUAGGCUGCUCACAAUACACUGCUUUUCAAUUGGAGUGCUUCUUUUAGGCCUCACACAUUUUCUUCCUCACACAUUUGGAGAGCCUCUUAACUGUGCCAGGAGAAGGCAUGUGUAAUAUAAGUCAUGAAAUGGAUAGAAGAGACAUUGCUAGCACAAAUUCUCUUAGAAAGAGAAUAUUUUAUGCUGCUGUCAUGUUAUCUCAUAACAUCAGCAGAGGCAUAAUUAACUCAGGAACAGCCAAUCUCUCUUUUGUGUAGGUUUUCUGUGGACCUUUAUACCAAAUGUGUCUAACUCUUCUCAUAUUAUACAGAUUAUAUUUGUUAUAUAAUGCCAUUUUUUGUAAUUUCUGAAUUUUCUAUGUAAAAUUCCAAUCAUUACUAAGUAAUUUUUUAACAAAAUGGUUUUAUUA